AUGUCCGAUGCUCCUCCGCCACAGGCUUCUCUCACCGAGCCAACACCUCCAGAUCAACCUCCACCCGAGACCCCACCACCACCGCCGCCUGCAGAGACUCAACCUCCUCCGGAGUCGUCACCGCAAUCGGAACCAGAGCAACCAACUUCACCUCCACCGCCGCCGCCGCCAACCACCGAUAAUCCACCACCACCACCACCACCCACCCCGACCUCUUCUCAGGAGCCCUCCCCUUCUCGUCCCCCACCACCACCCUCAUCGUCACCACGACCCCCGUCACCGUCGCCGCCGCCGCCGCCGCCGCAGCAAUCCACCCCCAGGGUGAGUUCUGUCAUAACGACAGUAACGUCGACUUUGCCACCCAUUCCUGAUCCCAAUACGCCAACCCCACCACAAAAUAAUCCGGCCUCUCCGACUAUAGGCACAACUUCAACGUUACCAACUUCCACGUCGCACCCGAGUAAUGGAGGGGGACUAUCUGCGGGCGGUACGAUCGCAGUCGCCGUUGUGGUCCCUGUUGUGUCUGUGGCCUUGAUAAUUAUAGCACUGCUAUUCUGGUGGAGAAAGCGGAAAGCGAGAAAGAUUGCCGAAGAAGAGCGAAAACAGGAAAUUGAAGAAUAUCGAUUUAACCCGAACACCGAUCCCACCCUUCCUGCGAUCGGCCUUACCGGAAACUUCAACGACUCGUCCGGGCCGAAAGAUGGCAACUCCGGCUAUCGUGGUUGGGGCGCAACUUCAAGUUCGCGGAAAUAUUCCACUGGCCCAAGCAUGCCGGUUUCUGAUAAUGGAAGCAGCCAGCCGUUUCGGCCCGUCUCCCCGAUAGACGACGGUGGCCAUUACGCUGACAAUGGCCAUCGACCGGAUUCUGGUGACUCUGAGACCAUCGGGGCGUUGCCUGCGAGGUCCGGCAACAGGGGAGAUAUACAUAGGGGCCCUUCUAAUGCUUCUUCCGGGUAUUCCGUCGCAAAUCACUCAGAUAUCUCCGAUGAUAUUUCGCCUCCCGGUGCCCCCCCUGGGACUCAUUAUUAUGAAGAAAACCCAUACUAUAGCGAUGCGCUAGGGCAGCAAGGGCCGUAUGGAGAUAGUGCGUAUAGCAAUGUGCAACCCGUGAUCCGGGAUGUUCAAGCAAGACGGAACACGCGCAUUGAAAACCCUUCGGUAUUCCCACAACAGGGAAAUGCGGGUAUCUCGCAGAAUUUCUGA